GGCGCAUGAAGCUCACCAUUUCCACCAUAAAUAUUUAUGUUAUUAUCUGUAUACUAAAAUGUCGUCAAUGCCCACUAACACUUUCCUGGAAAUACCUGAUUUCCUCCCCUUGAAUGAAAUCCCCAUUAUAUAAUCCCCUCCCUGCUCCUUCCUCCUCCACCUCUCCUAUUCACUUGUAAAGCUAAAAAACCCCGUAGAUGGAGCUUGACAUUGCAGUUGAUUUUGAUGAUUACUUUCCAUCAAUGGUGGAGAGAUUGGGAGCUGAAGGGUUUAUAGGGGAGCUGUGUAAUGGGUUCCGGCUGCUGAUGGAUGGCGAAAGAGGGCUGAUCACGUUCGACAGCUUGAAGAGGAACAGCAUCUUGUUGGGGUUGAAUGACAUGAGGGAUGAUGAGAUUGUUUGCAUGUUGAGUGAAGGUGAUUUGGAUGGAGAUGGUGCUUUGAACCAGGUUGAGUUUUGUAUUCUCAUGUUCAGGUUGAGUCCUGGGAUAAUGGAUAAUGGAUCAAAACAAUGGUCGGAAGAAUAUGAUGUUAUUUGAAAAUUAAUUUUUAAAAUUAAGUUUCUCAAGUAAUUUGGAUGGAGAUGAUGCUUUCUAGUUAUGAUUGGAUUCAAACUCGAUAUUCUCUAUAUUAAAAUCGAUUUCAGUAUCAUUAAACUAAAAAUCGCUAGUAUCAUCUUUGUUGUUUUAAUUAAUUGUUUGGUAAGCUUGAAUAAUUGCAAUUGAUCAAUGGAAUUAAAGCAUGUCUUGGAAAAGAAAGAUGUGAGAAAUAAAUUAAGAUAUUUUAUUCCACUCAAUUUUUAUUCCAAAAUUCCACCUUUAUAUUACUUCUCAAAAUCAGCUUUAUGAUGUCCUUACUCUCUGUCUUUUUUCUUUUUUAAUUUUCAUUGUUAUUUGGUUUUUUUUUUUUUAUUUCUUACUGGAAAUUUGAAAUUGAAAACUUUAUAUCUGCCAUUAUUGUAAUUAUGUUAAUGGAAUUGAAA